AUGAUCAACAAGAGUCGUUCCACUAAUAAUCCUCAAAACACAACCACUGUAGGACCAACAGCCACCAAACUCACUUCACUGCAGUAUCACAUGGCUCAUCCACUCAACUACCACUUCAUCAUGGACGAACCUGUUAAAUGCAGUCAAUGGGAUCCAUUUGUGGUCUUGAUGGUGCCUGCAGCCCCCAAUUAGAUAGAGGCUCGAAACGCUAUCCGGAACACAUGGGGGAAUGAAACUACAGUCCAGGGGAAAUCAGUGUUGACUCUGUUUUUGGUGGGUUUGAUUGUAGGAGCAGACUCUGAAAGAGCUCAACCGCAGCUGGAGGAAGAGAGUCGACAACAGAGAGACUUGAUCCAGAGCAGCUUUGCGGGCUCCUACUUCAACCUGACCAUCAAGACCAUGGUGAUGAUGGACUGGUUGGCCACUCGAUGCCCUCAGGCGACUUAUGCUAUGAAGAUUGACACUGACAUGUUCUUAAAUGUAGAGAACCUGAUGACCUUCCUAUUGGCACCAAACACACCCAGAGAAAACUACCUGACAGGGGUGUUGCGUUGGAACCGGCUCGUUGUGAGAAAUAAAAACUCAAAAUGGUACGUUUCAGAGGACAUGUAUCCCGAUUCAACAUACCCCACCUACCCGCUGGAAACCGGAUAUGUUUUUUCCAAUGACCUGUCAGAAAAAAUUGUGGAAAUUUCGAAGGAAGUGCAGGUGUUUAAUAUAGAAGAUGCAUAUAUUGAACCCUCAUCUCCUCCAGACCCUUCUCUGUUUAGGAUCUAUAUGGCGUAUAACCGAGAGGAAUUUCUCAAGAUCAUCUCCACAGAUGUAGGAUCCCCACAACAAAUUCUAAACAUCUGGAGAAUGUUAAGAGCCCCACGAAAAAGAUAUGAUAAAAAAUUGAGUUUUAGGUUUGGAAACAAAUGUUGA